AUGGUCGAGAUGAUUAUAAGGCUGGAUUCCACAUGUAAAAUAAAGUUUAUUAUCACAAUUACCGGCACAUCUAAAAGUAUUGGUCCAAUAAGCAAUGUUGUCACGUUAUUAGGUCAAAAAGUUACUGGACUGGGCCAUAUAAGUCCAGGGUGGUCCAGUUUGACAACGUUGCCAAUAAGUGUUUCUGAUAUGUUUAAAAUUUCUAUUUCUACUAAAAAACCCUUGAUUUUCGUGCUAUUUGGAACAACCAUGAUUGGUCUUCAUUGA